GCCACUGGUCAGCAGCAGAGGGGAGGAGGAAGAUGAAGGAACCCGCCAGGUUGUGAGGGAGCAGAAGAGAAAGGCACCAUCUCGCUGGUAUGUGCACCCUGGCCUUGGCAAGUGUUGAGACGAAAGGGGCAGCAGACCAGUGGACCCUUGCCACCCCUCACCUCUGCAGCAGCAGCCAGCACCAACACCUGGGGGGAGACGGCCCCCUUCCCUGCUUCUCCCGGCACCUCUGCUCUUUUGGACGGGACCAUCCCAACCGGCCUUCUUCGGGCAGCCAUGUCUGAGAGCAAAAAGCCCUCCCGGCGGAAAGCCUCCGGCUUCCGCACCAUCAAGGUGACCGUGAAGACCCUUCAGCACAAGGAGCAGUUUGAUGUCUCCGAGAACAUCCUCAUUCAGGACUUCAAGCAGCAGAUCUCAGAGCGUUUCAGCACCCCCCCGGAGCAGCUGUCGUUGAUCUUUGCAGGGGAGAUCCUCAAAGACCAGAAGACGCUGCUGCAGCACAAGGUCGGGGAUGGAGCCAAAGUCCACCUUUUCAUCAAGUCUCAGAGGAGGCCUCCGGGGAACUCAAUGCUGCCGCAGAAGAGCAACGCACCCAACAUGACCUUCCUGCCACCCCCAAACGGGUUCCUCUCCAAGGAGCUCCCAGAGGCAAGUCUGACCCUACCGGAAUGGAGCGGGCAGCCGGUAGACCUCCUGACCUCCUGCCACGAGCUGGUGGCCCAGACCAUGGAGAGCCUCUUGCUUCAGAUGGUCACCCUGAAUCUGGACCCCUCCAUCUUGAACAGGAACCCCCUUCUCUUGGGCUUCCUCAUCGGGGUCACGGGCAUGAACGUCCUGGGCCUGAACGCCGCCGACGUUACUGAGUUUGUGAACGACGCCCAGGACCAGGAGAUGACCCGGCAGGAGCUGAUCAGCGAGGUGAUGCAGCACCCACUGUUGCAGAACCUCUUUGGGGACACGGAGCAGGUCCGGCAAAUGAUCAUGUCCGUCCCUCAAAUGCGGCAGCUGGCCGAGCAGAACCCGGAGAUCAGCCACAUCCUCAGCAACUCCGAUUUCCUGCGAGAAAUGAUCGACGGAGCCACCAGCUCGGCGGUGAUGGACGAGAUCAUCCGGAACCACGACCGGGCCCUCAGCAACCUCGAGAGUGUCCCAGGGGGAUACAGCGCCUUGCAGCAGCUCUACAAUGACAUCGAAGCGCCCGUGCUGAACGCAGUCCAAGCCCAAUUCCAGGGCAACUCCUUUGCCCCCCCGGAGAACAAGCCCUCUUCUGGAGGGACCACGCCCUCGGCCAGGACGGAGAACAGAGAGCCUUUGCCAAACCCCUGGGCUCCCCAGUCCAAUAGCAGCGGGGACAAUUUCUGUAAUGGUGACAUCAGCGGUGCCGGCAACGGGGCAGGACAGAGCUACAUCUUGCUGGCCUUAGGUCCUGGCGUGAGACCGGGAAUCAGCAAGUCCGAGAACAUCCAGAAUAUGGUCAACCAGCUCACAGAGAACCUGGAGUUCAUGCAGAACAUGUCCGGUGCACUCUCUGAUCCUGACGGCCCCACGCAGGCCUUCCUCGCUCACUGCAACUCUUCCUCGUGCCACGAAAUCCCGCCCUCUCAAGGCUGGGUGCAGCAGCUGCCCCCCAAGCUGGCCAAGUCGGAGGCUGCAGCCCUCCUGAACAACCCCCGAGCGCUGCAGGCCCUGCUCCAGAUGCAAACGGGCCUCCUGACCCUCAUGCGGGAAGUCCCGGAUUUCCUCCAAACCUUGUCUGACCCAGACGUAGAGCCUGAAAGCAUGGAGGACUCGGACGAGGGAGAGAGCCUGUCCUCGGAUGAGGGGAGCCUCCUCUCCGGGGAUGAGAGCCUGGAGCUGGCCAGCGAGGGGUCCGGAGGGGACGAAGACGAGUCCAUGGAGCAGCAAGGCCCCGAGGCCCAGUACGAGACCCAGCUGCAGCAGCUGAGCACCAUGGGCUUCCCCAACCGAGAACAGAACCUGCAGGCCCUAAUUGACACAGAAGGAGAUAUCAGUGCCGCCAUUGAGAAGCUAACCCAUACCGACGCCUCCUAGCCACAGAGUUACCUUUGCCUCUUGUAGGGUCACCUGACACACUAAAGUCAGCAUGGUGGAUAUUAACCAUGGUGUGCACACCUGGCUGCUUUGC